AUGGCACCUGCAGGCAAGGAUGCUCCCAAAGGGACCGACCAUGGUGAAAUACGACAAGCAAUUGAUCAGGCUAAACUUGAGGCGUAUCUCUCAAAAAACAUCAGUCAUAUCACCCUGCCUAUCGAGAUAAAGCAAUUCAAGUUCGGCCAGAGCAAUCCCACCUACUUCAUCACCGACGCAAAGAAAGUCAAGUACGUAUUGAGGAAGAAGCCGCCGGGCAAGCUUGUGUCCAAGACUGCUCAUGCUGUCGAGCGAGAGUACAAGGUCAUCAAGGCCGUCGGUGAAGCGAGCAGAAAGGCAGACAAGGCCACCGUACCUGUGCCAGAGGUCUACUGCCUAUGUGAGGACAACGAUGUCAUUGGCACGCCGUUCUAUGUGAUGCAAUUCCUGGAGGGUCGCAUCUUCACAGACGUUAGGAUACCUGAGCUUAAGUCAAAAGAGGAAAGAUCCAAAUGCUGGGAGAGCGUUAUCCGAACGCUGGCGGCACUGCACGCACUGAAGCCGAAUGAUAUCGGUCUAUCAGACUACGGCAGUCAGAAAGAUUUCUAUCCUCGGCAGAUCAAGAGUCUGGCACGCGUGUCACACGCACAGGCCGCAAUAGAGCACAAAGAUACAGGAGAUGCUGUCGGUGACAUUCCCAACUUGGACUGGCUGCUCAAAUGGUACUCUGAGAACUGCCCACUCGGCGAGACGACGAUCGUACACGGCGAUUUUAAGCUUGAUAACAUGAUAUUCCACCCUACCAAGCCAGAAGUGAUUGGCGUUCUCGAUUGGGAGCUUUCGACACUUGGCCAUCCGCUUUCGGAUCUCUCAAAUCUGCUACAGCCGUUCUACAUACCAUCCGACAGCGGCUCGGACAUCGUCGUUGGUUUCAGAGAUCUAGAGCCAAAGGAUCUGCCAAUCCCAGACGCAGAAACGCUGAUGAAGCUCUACUGCAAAUCGGUUGGCCGCUCAUACCCAAUCAAAGGAUGGUCUGCAGCAGUCAGCUUCAGCUUCUUCAGGCUUUCUGUCAUCAUGCAAGGUAUCGCUGCACGUGCCGCACGCGGUCAAGCUAGUUCGGAGAAAGCAUCACUCUAUGCCAACGCAUUCGGGCCUGUAGGCCUACUCGCGGCAGACACAAUCCAACGCAGCAAGAAAUUCUCCAAGCUUCAGCCGCAGGCACGUCGUAAGACCAGCGCUGGACGUUGGUGGGCCUCAUGCAACGGCUGGAUCACCUCAUAUUUGCACGUCAAGAGCCUCACACAUGAUCAGAAAGCGCUCAACGUACUACGUGCCUUUGAAGGGGAAGCUAGACGGCUCUCGGAAACCAACGAUGCCCUCGUUCGAUUACAGAGGUCGCUCAAGACAAGCAGGAUAUUUAGCGAACAGAGCACUUGCCUGACAGACAGCAAUGUUCAGUCGGUACGAAGUGUUCAACGAGCCAAAACGGCCAACAAUACUGGCGCGAAUGCUAUCUCGAAAGCAGCGCCUAUACAGGCGGCGGGUGUGCCUAUUGCGCCAACGGGUAAGGUUAUCGCAAGCCCACAAUCGUUCGCAUUCCUAUCGAAUGGCACAAUGGUCAAUGGUACAGCCUUCAAUGGUCAGAUGUUGUCCGUGUCCCUCGAAUGCGCCUCUUCACUCAAGACAUCACAAAUCAGCAUACAGCAUCGACGGAAGGAAGCGCAAUUCUUUCUCGCAUAUCAGCUUUGGAACUUUCUCUACACACUCGUCGGCUUAUACUUCCGUUCGGUACCUCACUUGACCAGCGCUUUUCUCAUGCAAGGCUUCGUACUGCUCGCUUCGUUUGCCACAUCUGUCGAAACCGAUUCGGAUGCCCGUGCAUUUGCUCGAUUGGUGCAAACGCAUUGCGGCGGAGCCAAUGUUCUCAAGGGUCUCGGCUUCGCCCUCAACGAUAUCAAUCGCGACUUGAUGCUCUCGCACAGCAUUGCGCUCCUGUUCGCCAUCGCACUCAGCAUCAAGCUCAUGCCGGAUUACUCAGCAGCUUACACGAGCAUCGGAAGACCGCACAGAGCGAAUCGAGCAAUCAAAAUCCGGAUGACGCUGGACGCAAUCGUCUGGCAAGACUUCUUCAUGAUUCUUGCCUUUUUGUUUGCUUGGGCCGCAGAGUUGAGCGAAGCUGGGAUCCUCAUCGACAAGCCUAGCGACUUUGUCAGCCUAGUGAUCAAUGCUUACGAGUCUGGCCAACUCCUCUUCGCUAUCGUGCACUUGCCGAUGUCUGCGCUUGCGUACUUUGGCGUCUAUUCAAAGAAACCUUUGUUCAUAGCAAGCAAGGGUAUUGCUCAAUUUGUCUAUCUCGUCAAUACCCUCGUCGCCGUGCUGUUCAUCAUUCCGAGAUACUUCGAAGCAUGGUACUUCUUGCAGAUCCUUGGCAUCCUCACUGCAGUCUUUAAUGCGCUCACGAUCCUCUUCAUUACUGGCUAUCUGACUGCUAUCCAAGACAUACCGCACGACUUCAAGAACGAGAUGGACUUACCUUGGAAUUCUGUGGCAUUUGCAAAUGAGGACAAGUACGACCACGAGAAAGCAAGUCAAGAUCCGGCUUGGUCAAGUGCAGACAUGAUGAGAGCGAUGGGAGCCUCACCGCAGUCAAGGGGUCAAGGAGUUCUCCCCGCUAUCAGUGAGGAAGACCAGCCUACGAUUCGCAAUUCGACCACACACGUUGACGGAAAAGAAGGGUCGCAACGACAGAGCGUUGCGUCGAUCAAGACGACGGCCACAGAUCCAGAUGCCCUGUUCUAUUUCAGCAAGUGGAAGGGCAGUCAGAGAAUGAGCAGGCUUACGAUGCCCUCACCUGCCGUGCGUAGAUCUGUCGCAUCCGAAUUCUCGAUUGGAGCUUUCGGCCUGCGUACCACACCAGAGGAAGUCCUGGACGCCUAUUGGUCUUCCACAGACACCGACACGAGCACGACUUCGAGCAGCACAAGCAGACCCUGCCUUGGACCGAAACGGGGCGACAACAGGUCCUGUCUGAGAUGCGCGUGGGUAUAA